AUGUUGAAGCUUGAAAAAAAGGUUGACGAGCUUUCCGACGCCCUUGAUAGGGAGGAAAAGGCGCAUGGAGCGAGGAACCUCUCCUUCAACUACCUAUGGGAGUGGAAUAGUAGGCUUGAAGGCCCGCAUGAGAUCGAGACCCAAGAGCUGAAAGAAGCGGGGAGACAAUUGGCCGACGAAAAUACGGGUUUGAGGGCUGAAAUCGCUGACAUGGACAAGCGAUGCGCAACUCUCUACGACAUGGUCAUCCAGGGGCUACAGGAACGGCACAAGAGCAGGCCCGAAGAGCUGGGAGAGAUACUGAAAAGCCUCCAUAAUGCGUUCGGCGAUCAAGGUCCCGCAAGGAAAGCUGCGUGA